CCAAGAUGGCCGCCUCCCGGAUGGUCAUGGAUCCCCAGCCCUCUGCCUCUUCCUCUGGCCAGCCUCGAAGGAGUUCGUCCCGUUCUAUCAAGAGAAGAAGAUUCGAUGAUGAAUUGGUGGAAUCGAGUUUGCAGAGGCCUUCGCGCCUCUCUGCUUCUUCACGGCAGUCCUCUUCGUCCCGUACAGAGUCAGAGAGUCAAGAGCUUCAGGAGGGAGGGAGUGCAACAAAGAGUGCCAAGAAAGGUCUCAUAUCUGUAGCUGAUUACUACCGGCGGCGAAGCACAAAAGUUCACAGACGAAAGAGCACGUCCAAGAAAGGCACUUUGGGGGCAUCCCUGAAAGAUCUCAGCCGUUGGAAACCCACCGAUGAUCUGCUCUUAAUCAAUGCUGUCCUCCAGACCAAUGAUCUUCAGGCAGUACAUCUAGGCGUGAAGUUCUCUUGCAAGUUCACACUCAGGGAGAUCACUGAUCACUGGUACUCUCUCCUCUAUGAUGCACCGCUUUCUCAGAUCGCCCUUCAACGCAUCCGUUCCCUGCCGACCGAGAUGGUCGAAAGGAUCAACUCACAAGCACUGUUCUCAACCCAGGAGGAACAGAUUCUCUCUCAAGUUCCGGUGGAGGAAGGAGGUGACCUGGAAACUUUUGAGAAGCUGCUGCAGGAGCAUGGAGCUGAGUUCCAUCAAAAUAGGACUGCAGUGUCAUUGCACAAUCAUUGGCGCCUCAUGAGACAAGCCAAUCUGCUUGCUUCACAAAGUCCAGAGAUGCAUUCCUUUUAUGACAUUGAUGUCGGUACAGAACCUCUGCCAGAUCCAUUUGAUGAGGCUACUGAGAGGGAAAUGCACAGGCAGAUCAGACGUCGAAGAGCUGCCAUCAACACAUUAGAGGCCCAGGUGAAAGUGCUUCAAGUCGCAGUGGAAUCCGUAACAGGAAUCAAUUCGCCUGAAUUUGAUGCUCAGACUCUGGCCGUCCUCCACGGCCGCCUCGUCCGAUAUCUCGUCCGCUCCAAAGAGGUGACGUUUGGGAGAAGCACCAACGCGAGUCAGGUGGACAUCGACCUGUCACUGGAGGGUCCUGCAUGGAAGGUGUCUCGGAAGCAGGGCACCAUAAAACUCCGCAGCAACGGAGACUUCAUUGUCUGCAAUGAGGGCAAGAGACCCAUCUACAUCGACGGAAAGCCCGUCCUCCAAGGCUCCAAGGCCAAGAUCAGGAACCAGUCCAUCUUUGAAGUGAGUCAUUUGCAGUUCAUCUUCUUGGUGAAUUUGGAUCUGGUCGCUGCAGUAGAAGAGGAGACUGCCAAGAACACCUUGGCCUCUGCGUGAUAGAAACGUCCUCAGGGUCGUGCGUCAUUACCCCUUCUUCGCACCAGUUGAAUCGAAUUGAAGUAUUUCUGGGAAAUUAUUCCCUGUUUUUGUGUCUACUACCU